UGGUUGUCGACUGUCUCAAAUUCAACCUUUCCACCACCUUGUUUCAUAUUGGCGGAAAAGAAUAUAGUAAUAAUAAAAAAGACUGUUCAAUGAGCACGGCACAUCGCACCUCCAGGAGGGAGACCGCACGACAAGCAGCCUUUACGUUUUUGUCCAAUAUCGCCUUGGGAAGCGAAGUGGAUCGAUCUCAAGUACGGAACGAUCUCAGUGACAGCACUGACGCAUUAUCAGACCCAAAGUCUAAAAAUUUCGCAAACUCAAGACCUCUGGAAGCCAAUACUUCUCAGAUCAGUGAACGUUCGGGUAACGCUAUCGGAACAUCUUUUGACGGUCAUUCUAGUCUGAAUUCGACACAUGCGGCAAAACGAGGUCCUGAUUUGAAGGUCGACACCAGUCGACGGGAAAACAUGGACACUUUAUUACGGAAACAAUCCUCUCCAGGUGUACAAGAAGAUUGGUCGGAAUCCCCUUUGGACCUUCGUUUGAGAGAUGCUGGUCAAUCAGCAAACGGAGGAAACAAGUCAUUGCAUUCGGUGGAUAGCUCUUUGUCGGACGGCGAUAUUGAUGAUACCGCUCUUUCACGGAGUGGACAACUGUCAGGUCCAGCUUCCGCGGUGUUAACAGCCAGCGAAACAAACGCCACUAGCCUGUUAAGCAAGCAACUUGAGAGUCGACCAGAGGCAUUCAUCAACCACAAUUAUGGAGGGCCAUAUGGUCGGCGGAUGAAAAGUGACAACUUUGAAGACAAUGAUGGUCAUCACCACAAAUUGACUAGAGAAGACAACUCAAAACCCAUCGCUUCAGAAAAGAUAAAAAAGAAGCACGUAGAGCGUGAGCAACAUACUGGAUUGGGCAUCCUCUCAGCCUUUAGAUACUACAGUGACAAAAUUCGCCAAUCAGCCAUCAAGCGGAGAGGUGAAGCUACGUCAAAUACUGGAUAUGUUCAACAACAAAUUGCAAAUCACGAUCAUCAACGACGGAGACCUGCACAGUCGUUUGGCCAUUUUCUGGAUCCAUGUGGAUCAUUACAACCCGAAGAAAUUGUUCAAGAGCAAUUGUUACCGUCUGCAUAUGAUCCCUACUUUCUGGAGAACGAACUGUAUUCUCCAGACCGCAUCAAACCUGGCGGUUCGUCGCAUGGAACAAGCACGCAGCUUCGUCCAGCGGAUGUAAAACGAGAGUUGAACGAAAUGUUCCGAUCUGAGCACCCGGAAAUACCAGUAGAGAUAACCUUGAGUAAGAUCAGGGCGAUCAAAUUGCAUCUGCUCGAGGUUGGCAAGGAACUUGAUUUAGAAGUGUCUAGUGUUGCCCACGCAUAUGUCUACUUCGAAAAGCUUGUCGUCAAGAAUAUCAUCACCAAAAAGAACAGAAAGCUCAUUGCUGGCUGUUGUCUUUUCCUGGCCGUUAAAGUGAACGAACCGAAAGGAUCCAGGCUCCAGCCCCUGCUUGAUGCAAUUGACGACGAGUUAGAUAUCGACUCUGAGGAAAUUCUGGAGCACGAGUUCGCCGUGUUUGCUGAUCUCGAAUUCAACUUGUAUGUUCCAAGGCGGGAAUUUAUGCCACACUUUGAACGGAUAUGUUGCGAAUUAGAAUUGAAAAGCAUAGAAGCAUAUCUAGGCGACCUCAACUUUUUUGCAGCAGAUACCAAAUAAUGUUUUUCGUAUGAUUGCUCCGUCUGUUGACAGCACGUACAAUAUGUAAAUCACGUAAAAAAUAUAUAUAUAAAAAUGAUAAAGCCUGUGGCUCCUUGUCAGAAAGUUGGGUUUAAAUGUC